AUGUCUACACUUAUUCCGACGGCUAGUAUUUGCCACACUCUUCAACUACCACCCAUAGAGAAGGAUGAUAGGCUCAAUUUGAACGUCCGGACAGGCUCCGCUGCGACCCUUUACAACUCUUUGGUCUUUUCACAUGGUGGGUUAACUAUCGGGUUGGAGCUUCAAGACCACACCCUUCCAGAGUUGCUAAAUAUAUUUAAACUGAGAAUCAACAACUUGAAGUCUCUUGAAAUAGAGAACUACAUCUCCGGGGAAUUGUUCUACUUGAAGUUGAUUGAAAGAACUUGGUUCCGUGUGAUAAUACCUCCUAAGUCUCCCAAGCCUGCUCCUCGUUUGUUACAUGAGAUAUGUGCAAUCAAUAACUGCGUGUAUAUAUUCGGAGGCUUGAAAGCAACCAAGGAGUUUGACUAUGCCAUCAACGCUUAUAAAGAUGACCAAAACGAAGAUGUUGAUUCCUUGGUACCGUGUAAUGACCUCUGGGAGUUUAAUUUGGAGAAAAGAGAAUGGACCUUAUUGCACGACGGGACCGGAUGGGAAACCAACGAGAUCAUCCCUAAACCAAGAUUUCUUCACAAGAUGACCGCCAUACUGUCAAUCACUUUUAUACGUAAGAAUGGCCACUUCGGUAUCUUCAUCGCUGGUGGGAAAGAUUCUAACUCGGAGCCUAUCUAUGAUAACGUAAUCUUCGAUCUUGUUGACAAAAAGUAUGUAUGCGAGGGCCACGAAGAAAAUAAACCCGUGAACUUGCAUCUUGGUAAUGCAGAGAACUUAAAAGCUUUCGAUAGUGUUAAUGAGAACGGUUGUUUAAAUAUAAAUUAUACAAACAGUAUUAUUGUUAACGUUACGGAAGAAAUUGAUCAUAUUUACAUGAGGAAGAAGAUGGCAAACGCAGACAAUGGCAUAGAUGAUAGGAUCACUGACGAGAAGGAGUUGCUAUCUGAAGCUAGGAACACGACGAGGGAAGAAUCCAUCAUGGUGUAUGCUCCAGUUAACAUGGAUGUCGACAGCGAGAGCAUUACCAACCCCUUAAUUUCCUUCAAAGUAGGGAAGAAGUUAAGACUGGGUAGAGUGGUAAGAACCCACAGACAGAAAAAGGACACUAAAUCAUCUCAGACAAAAAACCACACAAUGCCGUUCAACUUAAGAUAUCCCACGGGGGGAUUGUUUGGAAAAAAUUUAGUUAUUGUUGGGUUUUUACCAGGAGACUUUGACAUUUCGAUUUUCGUUUUCAACAAACCGACAGGUAGAUGGUCAAGAUUGAAUAUUUUCUGUAAUCAUGACUAUGGGACACAUAGAUUUUGGGGAGGUUUUGCUUGGCAAUCCCACCACAAGGUGGUAUUAUUGGGAAAUUAUCUAACUCUGAAAACUACUAGUAGUAUUAGAUUCUUUAGUCUGAUGAUAACGGUAAGUUUACCGAUAACAAACAUCGUGGCUAGUUUCGAAUUGGCAGGGAACGAAGACAAGCGCCAAAGAUUGCGUCAUAAACUCAAUAAUUUCAAGGAUGAAGGAAGCAAUACGGACAGCUCUGCUAACGGGGAUAAUAUCACCCGAAAGACUACGAUUAGUACAUCUUCUGAUUCAGAUUCGGUAGAAGUGAGAACGAAGUCCUCCGAAGAACUUGACCACUAUGAACUAGAAGAUGAAGAAGAUGAGGAAGAAGGCUACGAGGAAGACGAAGGCGACUUGGAAGAAAGUGAAGUAAGAUCUCCCACUAUAUCCUUCAAUGAUUAUGUACAUUAUGCUGCACCCAAGACGAAUUUUACGACUAUCAGAUCAGUUUUUCCGCCGGCAGCGGUUACUCUUGGUAGAAUAGCACUUGACAGAUAUGGGGAUUUGAUAUCCGAUUUUGAGUUGAUUUCAUCAAAUGGUGACAGGAUUCCCGUGUCCUUGAAUGUUCUCAUGGAAAGAUGGGGUAGGUACUUCAUUGACUUACUCGCAAGAGGCUAUGUUCAAGCUGUAGAGAAAUUUGAAAACAGCCAGAUAGAAGAUGCAAAUGCUUUAAGAAUGUCCAAGGACUCUGGACACAGCUCCACUUCAUCAGCUAGUAGAAGAUUGAAGUCUUCAUUGCAAUCAACUCUGGAAGUUGAAUCUAAUAAGUCCAAUAGUAACACUCCUAGUCAUAGUAAAAACCAUUCAUUCCAUAUGUCAAUACCUGUUCCCAAACAGAAGAGUCCCGAAAAAGAUGCUCCACAGUUCAGAUUGCCUUUCCAGGAUUCUACUGCUGCAUCGAGCUCAACAUUGUUGAAUUUGGAUAAGGCUGAUUUGGAAGUGACUUCCCCAGGGCAGGUAAUUAAUGAUGAAUUUAAAAGUAGAUCGGAUGUAAUUGAUGGGCUAGCUGGAGAACCAGAAGACCUUGUUGAUUCUGAUCCAUUGGAAGAAAGGCCUACUGCUAACCGAGUGUCAUCUGCGAUAGAUCCACAUUCAUCGUUGAAUUUUCAAGGAGGUUCCAAUACUGGCACUUUUCCUAAUAGCAAUACUAAUGAUAACUCAAAAAUAACAUCUACUUCAUCAACACCGUUACCAUCCAUACGCAGGGAAUCAACUUCAUCGUUCGCUAGUGCAAAUUCCUUAUUCACUUCCCAUUUACAAGAUAUCCCGCCACAAUUGCCACUACCAGAUGAACCAACACCAGCAGUUCCAGUAACUACAUCAUUCAGAUCAUCUUCCAGAAGACUGUCUAGUGAUAUCAGUUCUCCACGUGCAUCCCUUAUACAUACCCUUACAGUUCUUAGAAAUAUCCCAACUUCUAGAUCACCACGUGAAUCUCCAUUUGCAUCUCCAAGAAACUCAUUCUCUGGUCCGCAAAUGAUGAUUGGGGGCCAAGAUUUGACUUCAACAGGUAUACCAAAUCUAAAACAUAAGGAUGACCAAUCUCAAAGUCAGUCUCUGACAAGUCCUUCAAAUAAGUUUAGUCAUUUGAAAUCUGCAUUUAGUAUAGCCGAGCUAGGUAACGGGCCGAAUUCAAAGAGAUUGGAGAAAGAUUCGGCUGGAUCUUCUGGAGAUUCGUUAUCUUCAUCAGGUAGCUCGAAGAAAUCUUCAGAUUUCAAGUAUUCUGAAUAUAGUAAACAAAGAAUAUUGACUGAGGAACAGCAAGGUAAAGAAGAUGAGGAUGAAAAUGAAGUUAGUGGGUUAGAUAGCACUUCAGUUUUCGACGGCUUGCUUAACUUAGAUGAUAUGGAGAGUGGGAAAUUCAGAAUGGAACCAUCUCUUAUACCUAGAAAGUUGUAUAUUCCAUUUUCCACAGUCUCUGUGAAAGGAUUCUGUGAAUUUUUGUACACUGGCCAGGUUGGUAAUAAAUGGUUAUUGUCCCCUACUACUUUGGACAACUUAGCAUUAUCUAAAUUUUACAAGGCUCCCUUAUUAUAUGACUUGAUUAGUGAAGUUUUGUUUGGAGUGAUUGGUAGAAAAGAAAGCUUUGUUAUCAAUGAGGGAAAGAAGCUCAAGUCCAAGUACUUUGAAUUAAUUAAGUUGACCGAUACACCAUUGGAAAGUGAUUUUAAAUUCCCACUUGAUGAGUAUGAUGGUUUAAUGGAUACUGUUGAUGAUGGAUAUUUGGAUAUUGCUUUAUUGAAGAAAGCAUCCGAACACCGCAAAAACAGCUCUUUGUCAAGUGGAAUUCGUAAGAAAUCAAGAAAUAGUACUAGUGGACCCAAGAAGAAACAUUCGAAACUGCUGGAAAUGCCAGCUCUGUCGUCUAAAACUGGUGACAGCGUAAAUGCGGCUGUCGAUAUUGAGACAGAUGCGGAAUUAUCAUCCAAUGACUCGUUGAAACGAAUUUCUUCUACUUCUGAUGAAGACAACGACUUUGAACUUGCAUAUCUUGACUCUCAAGGUGAAAGUGCUAACUUAGGACCACGUUCUAAAUCUAUUUUUGAUAAAUCUCACGGAAAGCUCAGCUUUCAAAGCAAAGUACUUGAAAGUGAUAAUGAACUUGACGAGGAUGAUGAUUUAGCUGAAGAAAAGUUGAAGGUGUCUACUUUAACUUUAGAGCAAUUGGUUUCGCCAAAUGCACCCAUCCCUUCAGAUUAUGUAAUUGACCUAAUUUAUGAGAUGGGUACUAUUACGAGCGACAUGAAGUUGAUGUUAAGAUCGAUCAAUGCGAAGCACAUGUCUAAAAUCUUGAGCCAAUGGAAGGAUGAAUUAGAGGAAACUAUUGAACAUUUACAAGCCAAAUAUGAAUUGCAAUGUAAGGAUCUUGAAAGAGAAAAAUCACACAGCGCCCAAGCAGAACGCAUUUUCUCAUCAAAUCAAGUUCACAAAAACGAGUUACUCGCUGGUAGCCUGGCUGAAAGUAGUGCUUUAGCGUCACCAAAUAAUGGCGUUGUCUCGGAUGCGCCUGAUAGAAGCACUGCCCCUUCCCUCAAACCGAGUAGAUCGACAACAUCCUUGCUUAGUACAGGCUCUAUCCGCACCGAGGCUUCAGAGAAGUCAUCUUCUCGUGGAUUUCCAAGAAUCGCCGGCUUUACACCAUUCACUUCGGGCAAAGGUAAAAAUCCAACUGCCAUGGAAAACAACAAAGAGGUUGACAAAAGAAUUACAAAGUUAAUCAAAAAGGACGAGAAGUUGAGGAUGAAACACGAGAAAGAUGAAAAACUGAGACUAGCACAGCAGCAUAAUGUCGAUAAACAAAAGAAAAAACAAGAUGAAAAGUUACAUCAUGCUAAGAUCCAACAUUCACCUACACUCCCUAAUAUGGGAGGACAUUUCACUCACUCUCCAAUUACCAGAACAAACACGUCAGAUAGCUCCAACACAACUUCUUCUGCAGGUAAGAAAGGACAUGGAUUGUUGUACAAUUUCAAUCAUCCACUAACGAGGAAACAUACUGCUUCUGCAAUUGAUCUCAAGAUGACAAAGACUGGAGGUUCUGCUUCAGAUACCAAUUCUAUUGACUCUGGCAAAUCUAGCAAAUCACUCAAAUCCACUUCGAAGCAUGGGUUAUUUGGCUUCAAGCAUAAGUCUAAGGAGGCAUCUCCUAGUAGUCUUGAUAAUGCCGGAGUGCCGCUGGAUAGAGUACCUCUUCAUAGUCUGAAGUCAUUUAGCAGUCUUCAUUCUCAGGAUAGUAAGAAAUCGCAACAUACCACCACAUCGAGCGGAAGUUCAGGAAAGAAAAGGUUACAUAUUUUUGGAUCUAAAAAAGAAAAGUAA